AUGGAGAGCAGCAAGACGAGCGAUGGACAGGCGGAACAAUUGAAAAGGAGGCUAAAAGAUUUGGAUCUGCAAGAGGGCGAUGCGGACGAGCAAUGCAGCGAUGCUGGUAGCGAUGUGGCGGUCAGACCGGUGGCGCACGAAAAGAUUUUGGAAGAGUGGCGCGCAAAGGAAGCGGCGGAUGCGAGGAGGAGCAUGAGCUUGGUCGUUGUUGGUCACGUCGAUGCUGGCAAGUCGACAUUGAUGGGCCGACUGUUGCACGAGCUGGGAUCGCUCACGGACAAGGCGUAUCAAGCCAAUGCUCGCGCAUCCUCCAAAGCCGGCAAGGGUUCUUUUGCAUACGCAUGGACGCUCGACUCGUCAGAGGAGGAGCGCAGUCGGGGAGUGACGAUCGACAUUGCUCACGACACUUUUGACACGCCUCAUAGGCGCUUCGCGCUGCUCGACGCUCCAGGUCAUCGAGAUUUCAUACCCAACAUGAUCUCGGGAGCAGCCAUGGCCGAUGCUGGGCUGCUCGUAGUGGACGCCAGCUUGGGUGCUUUCGAAGCUGGUUUUGGGGAUAAGGGUCAGACGAGGGAGCAUGCAGUCUUGCUGAGGAGCUUGGGCACGUCUCAGAUCGUCGUCGCUGUCAACAAGCUAGAUGCGGUAGCUUACGAUCAGCACAGGUUUACCGAAAUCGUCGACAAGGUGAAGAACUUUCUUGCUGGCAUAGGCUUCGACACGGCUGGAGAGGGAGCAAGCGGGGUCAGAUUUGUGCCUUGUGGCGCAGCUGUAGGAGAAAACCUUAGCCAGCGGAGCCAGAGCGGCGAUCUCGCAAGGUGGUAUGGAGGACCUACAUUGGUGGAGGUGCUCGAUACCUUGACUCCCCCAACGAGAAGUUUCGAUGCACCAUUGCGCAUACCAGUCACCAAUGUCUUUAGAUCUGGUCAAGUUACCGCCAUCUCUUCCGGACUCGGUGUUACGGGGCGUAUCGUCUCUGGUCUCGUCUCGGUAGGCGAUCGCCUUGCUGCGGUACCCGGUGACGAAACGGGCCUCGUCAAAGCCAUCGAGUUGGAUGGCGAUGCCGUGCCUUGGGCAGUUGCUGGAUCCACAGUCACUUGCUUCCUGACUGGCAUCGAUCAAAUUCACGUCAACAUCGGAUCCGUCUUGUGCCCGCCAAACGCACCAGUACCUCUAGUCACCACGCUGCUUGUACGCCUGCUGGUCUUUGAGCCGUCGCUACCCCUCAUGUCGGGCACCUCGCUCGAGCUUUUCCACCACUCUUCCAACAUUCCUUGCACCAUCACUUCGCUAGAGCGAACGAUAGAUGCAAAGAGCGGAUCGACGCUCAAGGCGAAGCCCAGGGUGCUUUCGAGAGGCAGCACAGCCGAGGUCAGGAUCAGCAUCACUCCGACCCAAACGAGCAAAGGGUCUAGCGCUGGUGUGCCCAUCGAAAUCUUUGCAAAGAGCAGGGAUAUGGGCAGAGUGGUGCUCAGGCUUGCUGGAGAGAGCGUCGCUGCUGGUGUGGUCCUCGAAGCCGCGUAA